GCGAAGCUCCCCCCCACCCCAACCUUCCAGUUACUGUCUCUCGCGAGAAGACGGGCCGCGCCGGCGGUAGCGAUAGCGAGCUGGGGUGGUUGUGGUGGUGGUGGUGGCGGCCGAGACGGCGGCGGCCAUUUUGGUGAGGCCUCGGAAGCGGCGGCGGCGGUUCGCUGGGAGUAGCGUCUCCCCACCCCUUUGGCUCACUCACCGCCUGCACCGCUAAUGCCGUGAGAGGAGGCAGUGCCAGCAAAGCGGUGGCGCUGGCUUCGGUCCCCAGGGGAAUUGAAAGGCCGUGAAGGCGGCUGCCAGGAGGGGGCCCUCCCCCCUCCUCGGCGGGAGGGGGGUGGUGCGCACGCCCCCGAGGACGCAGGCGAGCUACUCCUCAGUACGGCGGCACCGUGGAAGUGCAGACUUUCACAGGGGGUGUGGUCUCGGCUCACACAGGUACUCCAGAGGCUGGUGGACCUGAGCGGAGGCUGGGCCGCCCUGGUGGGCCCCGGGCCCUGGACAGUGGGUCCGGGUGGCCAGCGGCCCAGAAUGAGGCCAGCUCCCAGCAUGCCCUGCAGCCGGACGCCAGCCCCUCGGCCAGCAGCAGUGGUGAUAACAACCCAGUCGUUCUUCAGGCAUCCAGCACGGAGCCCGGGAGUGGGACCAUGCAGAGCAGCCCCUCCCCUGCUCACCCUCAGCUCCCAGUUCUACAGACACAGAUGGUGUCGGACGGCAUGACAGGCAGUAAUCCUGUGUCCCCUGCCUCAUCCAGUUCCCCAGCCUCUAGUGGGGCAGGCGGCAUCUCUCCCCAGCACAUAGCUCAAGAUUCUUCUCUGGACGGACCUCCAGGCCCCCCAGAUGGUGCCACGGUGCCCCUGGAGGGGUUCAGCCUGUCCCAGGUUGCUGAUCUGGCUAACAAGGGCCCAAAGUGGGAGAAAAGCCAUGCUGAGAUUGCAGAGCAGGCCAAGCACGAAGCUGAGAUUGAAACUCGGAUUGCUGAGCUGCGGAAGGAGGGUUUCUGGUCACUGAAGAGGUUGCCUAAGGUUCCAGAGCCCCCCCGCCCCAAAGGCCACUGGGACUAUCUGUGUGAAGAGAUGCAGUGGCUGUCUGCUGACUUCGCUCAGGAGCGCCGGUGGAAGCGCGGUGUGGCCCGGAAGGUGGUGCGCAUGGUGAUCCGGCACCACGAGGAGCAGCGGCAGAAAGAAGAACGGGCCCGGAGGGAGGAGCAGGCCAAGCUUCGACGAAUCGCUUCAGCCAUGGCCAAAGAUGUCCGGCAGUUCUGGAGCAACGUUGAGAAAGUGGUACAGUUCAAGCAACAGUCUCGGCUUGAGGAAAAGCGCAAAAAGGCCUUGGAUCUGCACUUGGACUUCAUUGUUGGACAAACUGAAAAAUACUCCGACCUUCUGUCUCAGAGCCUCAACCAGCCUUUAACCUCCAGCAAAGCUUGUUCUUCCCCUUGCCUCGGCUCUUCCUCAGCGGCCUCCAGUCCUCCACCCCCUGCCUCCCGGAUAGAUGAGGAAGAUGGGGACUUCCAACCCCAAGAGGAGGAGGAAGAGGAUGAUGAGGAGACGAUUGAGGUUGAAGAACAGCAGGAAGGCAAUGAUGCAGAGACCCAGAGGCGUGAGAUUGAGCUGCUUCGGCGUGAGGGAGAACUGCCGCUGGAAGAGCUGCUGCGUUCCCUGCCCCCUCAGCUGCUGGGUGGGCCUUCCAGCCCCUCGCGGAGCCCCUCCUCUCAUGACAGUGACCCCCGAGACGGACCUGGGGAAGGUGGUGAGGAAGAGCCUGUUCAGGAGUUAGAGGUGAAACCUCCACCUUCAUCUGUCACACAGCGCAGUAAACAACCUUGGCAUCCAGAUGAAGAUGAUGAAGAGUUUACUGCCAAUGAGGAUGAAGCGGAGGAUGAAGAGGACACCAUAGCAGCCGAGGAGCAGUUGGAAGGGGACGUAGAUCACGCAAUGGAGCUGAGGGAGCUGGCUAGAGAAGGUGAACUCUCUGUGGAGGAGCUGCUGCAGCAGUAUGCAGGGGCCUAUGCUUCUGAUGCCUCUGCCCCCAGCUCAGAAAGCAGUGAGGAGGAAGAGGAAGAUGAGGUUGAGGCCAACACCUCUGACGGUGAACCAGAGGGAGUUGUUGAGACUGAAGAAGCUCCUCAGGAUGAGACCAGCAGUCAGUCAGACUCUGCAGAGAACCAGAGUGAGGAGGAGGAGGAAGAUGAGCAGUCAGAGGAGGAAGAAACAAGUGGGAGUUCAGAAUCUGAGGAGUCAGAGUCUACUGAGUCCGAAGAUUCCCAGUCACAGAGCCAAGAAGAUGAGGACGAAGAGGAGGAGGAGGAGGAGGAAGAAGAUUUUGGGGUGGAGUACUUGCUUGCCCGGGAUGAAGAACGGAGUGAGGCAGAUGGGGGCAGUGGCCCUCCUACCCCAGGACCUGCCACCACUCUAGGCCCUAAGAAAGAAAUUACUGACAUCGCUGCAGCAGCUGAAAGUCUGCAGCCCAAGGGUUACACUCUGGCCACUACCCAGGUGAAGACACCCAUCCCCCUGCUCCUUCGGGGCCAGCUCCGUGAGUAUCAGCACAUUGGGCUGGACUGGCUGGUGACUAUGUAUGAAAAGAAGCUUAACGGCAUUCUUGCUGAUGAGAUGGGGCUGGGGAAGACCAUUCAGACCAUCUCCCUGCUUGCCCACUUGGCCUGUGAGAAAGGUAAUUGGGGUCCACAUUUAAUAAUUGUUCCCACCAGCGUGAUGUUGAACUGGGAGAUGGAGUUGAAACGCUGGUGCCCCAGCUUUAAAAUCCUCACUUACUAUGGAGCCCAGAAAGAGAGAAAGCUCAAACGACAGGGCUGGACUAAGCCCAAUGCCUUCCACGUGUGUAUCACAUCUUAUAAGCUGGUGCUGCAGGACCACCAGGCCUUCCGCCGCAAGAACUGGCGCUAUCUAAUUCUGGAUGAGGCUCAAAACAUCAAGAACUUUAAGUCACAACGAUGGCAGUCACUGUUGAACUUCAACAGCCAGAGGCGCCUGCUCCUGACAGGAACUCCCUUGCAGAAUAGCCUGAUGGAACUGUGGUCCUUGAUGCACUUUCUGAUGCCUCAUGUCUUCCAGUCUCAUCGCGAGUUCAAGGAAUGGUUCUCCAACCCUCUGACGGGCAUGAUUGAGGGCAGCCAAGAGUACAAUGAAGGUCUAGUCAAACGCCUCCACAAGGUUUUGCGACCUUUUUUGCUGCGCCGAGUCAAAGUGGAUGUUGAGAAGCAGAUGCCCAAAAAGUAUGAGCACGUUAUCCGCUGCCGGCUCUCUAAACGCCAGCGCUGUCUCUAUGAUGACUUCAUGGCACAGACAACAACUAAGGAGACGCUAGCCACAGGCCAUUUCAUGAGUGUCAUCAACAUUUUAAUGCAACUGCGGAAAGUUUGCAAUCAUCCAAAUCUGUUUGAUCCUCGACCUGUUACCUCCCCCUUCAUCACCCCAGGCAUCUGCUUCAGCACCGCCUCUCUAGUGCUAAGGGCUACUGAUGUCCACCCUCUUCAGCGGAUAGACAUGGGUCGGUUUGACCUUAUUGGCCUGGAGGGUCGUGUCUCUCGAUAUGAGGCUGACACGUUUCUGCCCCGCUACCGCCUGUCUCGCCGAGUCCUGCUAGAGGUGGCUACUGCUCCUGAUCCCCCACCCCGGCCCAAGCCUGUCAAGAUGAAGGUCAACAGGAUGUUGCAGCCUGUCCCCAAGCAAGAAGGCCGCACAGUGGUAGUGGUGAACAGUCCACGGACGCCUGUAGGCCCUGUGCCAGUCCGACCCCCUCCAGGCCCUGAGCUCACAGCUCAACCCAUCCCUGGCCCAAGCCCCCCAGUGCUGCCAGCACCACUGAUGGUAUCAGCCUCAUCUGCUGGAUCCCCACUUCUUCCUGCGUCACGGCCCCCUGGUCCUGUUCUGUUGCCUCCACUGCAGCCAAACAGUGGUCCUCUCCCUCAGGUGUUGCCAUCUCCCCUGGGGGUCCUGAGUGGGACCUCACGACCUCCCACGCCAACUCUGUCUCUGAAGCCAGCCCCACCUGCCCCGGUUCGUCUAAGCCCAGCCCCACCCCCAGGCUCCUCUAGCCUGUUGAAGCCCCUGACUGUGCCACCAGGCUAUACUUUCCCACCUGCUGCUGCCACCACCACCUCUGCCACUACAGUGACUGCUACCAGCACAGCAGUGCCAGCUCCAACGCCUGCCCCACAGCGCCUCUUUCUUUCUCCUGACAUGCAGGCUCGUCUGCCUUCAGGUGAAGUGGUCAGCAUCGGGCAGUUGGCCUCACUGGCACAACGUCCAGUGGCUAGUACAGGUGGAAGCAAACCUCUCACCUUCCAAAUCCAGGGCAACAAGCUGACUUUGACUGGUGCCCAGGUGCGCCAGCUUGCUGUGGGGCAACCCCGCCCGCUGCAAAGGAAUGUGGUGCAUCUCGUGUCAGCAGGGGGGCAGCACCACCUCAUCAGCCAGCCUGCCCACGUGGCCCUCAUCCAGGCCGUGGCCCCGACCCCUGGCCCCACCCCUGUCUCUGUGCUGCCUUCUUCGACCCCCAGCACCACCCCUGCCCCCACAGGCCUCAGCCUUCCGCUUGCUGCUAACCAGGUGCCACCAACCAUGGUGAAUAACACGGGUGUGGUGAAGAUUGUAGUGAGACAGGCCCCUCGGGAUGGAUUGAGUCCUGUUCCUCCGUUGGCCCCGGUACCCCGGCCUCCGAGUUCUGGGCUUCCAGCUGUGUUGACUCCACGCCCCACGUUAGCCUCUGGCCGACUUCCCUCGCCUACUCUGGGUACUGCCCGCUCUCCCAUUCCUACAACGGCACUGGUGAGGCCUCUUCUCAAGCUGGUUCAUGGUUCUUCACCUGAAGUCAAUGCUUCAGCACCCGGAGCCGCUCCCUUGACAAUGUCUUCUCCUCUGCAUGUGCCAUCCUCACUGCCUGGGUCAAACUCUUCUCCCAUGCCGAUUCCCAACCCCUCCCCCCUCGCUAGCUCUGUGCCCUCAACAGUCCCAGUGUCGUCUUCACUCCCCACCUCUGUCCCUACCACACUUCCUGCCUCAACUCCGCUAACCAUCCCCAUCUCGGCUCCCUUGCCUGUUUCGGCUUCGGGUCCAGCUCUUUUGACCAGUGUGACUCCGACACUGGCACCUGUUGUCUCAACGGCUCCUGGACCUCCCUCUUUGGCACCUGUUACAGCUUCUCCGUCAGCAUCACCCUUGACACUAGGUUUGGCCACAGCUCCAUCCCUGUCCCCAUCUCAGACACCUAGUCACCCUCUGUUGUUGGCCCCCACCUCUUCACACGUUCCAGGGUUGAACUCAGCUGUGGCCCCAGCUUGCUCACCUGUUCUGGUGCCAGCUUCAGCCCUGGCCAGUCCUUUUCCAGCAGCGCCAAAUCCAGCUCCAGCUCAGGCUUCCCUUCUGGCUCCAGCACCUUCUCCAUCUCAGGCUUUGGCCACCUCUCUGGCUCCUAUGGCGGCUACACAGACAGCAAUCCUGGCUCCUCCAGCUGCUCCCCUGGCUCCUCUUCCAGUCGUGGCUCCAUCACCAGGCCCUGCUCCUAUCCUGGCUCCAUCACAGACUCCGGUUCCAGUUGUGGCUCCGUCAUCUACUCCAGGAACCCCUUUAGCCUCAGCAUCUUCAGUGGUGCAAACCUCAACUCCUGUAUUGACUCCAUCAUCAACACAGACCGUCGUAUCAGCCCCAGUUCCAUCACCGCUCCCAAGCCCAGCUUCUACACAGACACUGGCCCUAGCCCCAGCUUUAGCAUCCACUCUUGGCAGCUCAUCUCCAUCUCAGACGCUUUCUUUGGGCAUGGGAACCCCCCAGGGGCCAUAUCCAACUCAGACAUUGUCAUUGACUCCAGCGUCAUCCUUGCUGCCAACUCCAGCCCAAGCACUGUCUUUGGCACCAGGACCAGCACUGGGCCCAACGCAAACGCUGUCUUUGGCUCCAGCCUCUCCAAUCGGCCCAGCCCCAGGUCACACGCUGACUCUGGCUCCAGCAUCGUCAUCCACUUCACUCCUGGCCCCACCUUCAGUACAAACACUGACCUUGAGCCCUGCCCCGGUUCCAGUGCCCACCCUGGGCCCUCUUUCUGCUCAGACUCUGGCACUGGCUCCAGCCUCAACACAGGCCCCAGCUUCCCAGGCAGCUUCCCUUGUGUCGGCAUCUGGCGCUGCUGCCUUGCCUGGCACCAUGGUAUCCCGACUGCCUGUUUCUAAGGAUGAGCCUGAAACACUGACGUUGCGCUCUGGUCCCCCCAGCCCUCCCUCCACUGCUACCUCGUUCAGUGGCCCCAGGCCUCGACGCCAGCCCCCCCCACCACCUCGUUCCCCUUUCUAUCUGGACUCUCUGGAGGAAAAGCGGAAGCGACAACGAGCUGAACGCCUGGAACGGAUUUUCCAACUUAGUGAGGCUCAUGGGGCCCUGGCACCCGUGUAUGGGACUGAAGUCCUGGAUUUCUGUACCCUGCCCCAACCUGUUGCCAGCCCCAUCGGCCCUCGUCCUCCUGGCCCCAGCCACCCCACCUUUUGGACUUAUACCGAGGCUGCCCACCGGGCUGUACUGUUUCCCCAGCAACGACUAGACCAGCUGUCAGAAAUCAUUGAGAGGUUCAUCUUUGUCAUGCCUCCUGUGGAGGCACCUCCCCCAUCCCUACAUGCCUGCCACCCACCUCCUUGGCUGGCCCCCCGGCAGGCAGCUUUCCAGGAGCAGUUGGCCUGUGAACUCUGGCCGCGGGCUCGCCCUUUGCACCGUAUUGUGUGUAACAUGCGCACCCAGUUUCCUGACCUGAGGCUCAUCCAGUAUGAUUGCGGAAAGUUGCAGACGUUGGCAGUGCUGUUGCGGCAACUCAAGACGGAGGGCCACCGGGUGCUUAUCUUCACCCAGAUGACCCGAAUGCUUGAUGUGUUGGAGCAGUUUCUCACCUAUCAUGGUCACCUCUAUCUGCGCCUGGAUGGGUCUACUAGAGUUGAACAAAGACAGGCUUUGAUGGAACGAUUCAAUGCAGACAAACGUAUAUUCUGCUUCAUCCUUUCAACUCGGAGUGGGGGUGUGGGCGUGAACCUGACAGGAGCGGACACUGUUGUUUUUUAUGACAGCGACUGGAAUCCCACCAUGGAUGCCCAGGCCCAAGAUCGCUGUCAUCGGAUUGGCCAGACCCGAGAUGUUCACAUCUAUAGGCUUAUCAGUGAACGGACAGUGGAGGAAAACAUCCUAAAAAAGGCAAACCAGAAGAGAAUGUUGGGAGACAUGGCCAUUGAGGGAGGGAACUUCACCACAGCCUACUUUAAACAGCAGACCAUCCGAGAAUUGUUUGAUAUGCCUGUAGAGGAGCCUGGCUCCUCUGUGCCCUCUGCCCCUGAAGAAGAAGAAGAGACUGUGGCCAGCAAGCAGACCCAUAUUCUGGAGCAGGCAUUAUGUCGGGCAGAGGAUGAAGAGGAUAUCCGUGCUGCCACUCAGGCCAAGGCUGAGCAGGUGGCUGAGCUUGCAGAAUUCAAUGAGAGUGAGGGGUUUCCUGCUGGUGAGGGAGAGGAGGCCAGUCGGCCUGGAGCUGAGGAUGAGGAGAUGUCUCGGGCCGAACAGGAAAUUGCUGCGCUUGUUGAACAGCUAACUCCCAUUGAACGCUACGCCAUGAAGUUUCUGGAAGCCUCCCUGGAGGAGGUGAGCCGGGAGGAGCUCAAGCAGGCGGAAGAGCAAGUGGAAGCUGCCCGCAAAGACCUGGACCAAGCCAAGGAGGAAGUGUUCCGCCUACCCCAAGAGGAGGAGGAGGGGCCAGGGGCUGGGGAUGAUACUUCCUGUGGGACUGGUGGAGGCAGCCAUCGGCGCAGUAAGAAGGCCAAGGCCCCUGAGAGGCCGGGGACGCGUGUCAGCGAACGUCUUCGUGGAGCCCGGGCUGAGACUCAAGGGGCCAACCACACUCCUGUCACAUCUCCCCAUCCUCCCCGCAGCACCUCCACGCCCCCCCGCUCCAGUCCAGCCAGGGAGCGAGUUCCCAGGCCAGCACCUAGGCCUCGACCCACUCCAGCUUCAGCCCCUGCUGCAAUUCCUGCCCCAGUCCCUGUUCCAGUCUCUGUCCCGAUACCUGUUUCAGCCCCAAAUCCAGUAACUGUUCUUCCUGUUCAUGUUCUCCCUUCUCCCCCACCACCUCCUCCACAGAUUGCUCCUUCUUGUUCCUCACCUGCCUGUACCCCUCCUCCUGCCUGUACCCCUCCACCAGCUCAUUCCCCCCCACCAGUCCAAACCUCUGUCUUGAUUCCGUCUUCCCUCUUGCCUGCUCCACCUUCUAGACCCCUCUGUGCCCCAGCUGCUCACCUCCCCUUGGGUUUGGGGCCUGAAGCAGAACUGCGUGCACAGCCAUUGGCAUCUACAGAGUCCAUGGAGCUGGCUGGCGUGAACACAUCCGAGGCUUCGCAGCUGCCUCCUGGGCCACCUGCAGAUCUGUUGCCAGUUGCUGUGGACAGCCUGCCUGCUUCAGAGAAGAGCCUCUCUCUCACCCCUUCUGCACCUAGCACAACCUUGGAGGCUGGCAGUGUCCCCAAUGGUGAAGAGCAAGAGGUCCCAGAUCCUCCAGAAGAGGAUGUCCUCCCAGGCCUGCCUGACGGUCUGAGUGAAAGCAAUGGACUUGAGCUCGCACCCUCAGCAGUGUCGGAUGAGCCGCUUCAGGAUCUGAUGGAUGUAGAUAGGAACUCAGAAGAGCUGGUGGAGUCGCAAACCCCAACCUCCACCCCGGAGAAACCCCAGGAGCUUGUUAGAACUGAUGUCACAGCCCCAUCCACCUCAUCUUCAGCCACCUCCUCACCUGAGAGUCCUUCACCUGCCCGACCCCCAAGGCGUCGCACCAGUGCUGAUGUGGAAAUUAGGGGUCAAGGGGCUGGUAGGCCAGGGCAACCUCCAGGCCCCAAAGUGCUUCGUAAACUGCCUGGACGACUAGUAACCGUGGUGGAGGAAAAGGAGCUAGUAAGGCGACGGCGGCAGCAGCGGGGAACUGCCAGCACCUUAGUGUCGGGUGUCUCUGAGACUAGUGCCAGCCCGGGAAGCCCAUCAGCCCGCAGUGUUUCAGGACCCGAGUCAUCCCCACCCACCAGUGGGCCCUGUGAAGCUGCUUCUUCGUCCUCACUGCCCACCCCUACCCAGCAUCCCUUCAUAGCUCGUCGUCGCAUUGAGCUUGGGGUGACUGAUGGGAGCAGUCCAGAGAAUGGAGAAGGGGCACUGCUUGCCUUCACCCCACCUGCUGUGAAGCGUCGGCGUGGGAGGCCACCCAAGAACAGGUCUCCAGCAGAUUCUGGGAGAGGAGUGGAUGAGGCGCUCUCAUCCACUCCUAAGGGAAAAGCUAAUGGGGCCGAUCCCAGCCCUGGGGCUGAGACCCUGACUGUUGCAGAACCUGUCUCGGGACCCCAGCUUAUUUCUGGUUCCCAGCCUCUUGAACCCCAGCCAGUUCACAGACCUGAGCCCAUCAUCCUGUCACCUGUGGAGAAAAGGCGGCGUGGGCGGCCCCCUAAAGCACGAGAUCUGCCCAUCACUGGGACCAUUUCUUCUCCAGGGGAUGGCAGUUUAGAGAGCCGGACACAGCCAUUCCCGCUGCCACCACCCCUGCCACCACUCCCACCACUUCUGGCCUGUUCCACUGCUCCUGUCACCAACACUGUCACCACUGUCACCAUUUCAACAUCCCCACCCAAGCGGAAACGGGGCCGACCUCCCAAGAACCCACCAUCACCUCGACCCAGUCAGCUCCCCGUCUUGGACCGUGACAACUCUUCUGCUCUUGAGGGCUGUGGAAUGGGGAGGCAACGGCAGCCACAGUGCCACGGGGAGAGUGAGGGUAGUUCGUCUGACGAGGAUGGGAGCCGCCCCCUCACUCGCCUGGCCCGCCUACGGCUUGAAGCAGAGGGAGUACGGGGACGAAAAAGUGAAGGGUCCGUGGUGGUUGCCGUCAUUCAAGAUGACCUGGAUUUAGCAGAGAGUGGGCCAGGCAGCGGGUUAGAAUUGACACCUCCUGUGGUCUCAAUAGCCCCAAAACUGCGUUCAACCCGGCUGCGUCCAGGGUCUCUAGUUCCCCCACUAGAGAGUGAGAAGGUGCCUCGCAAACGGGCUGGGGCUCCAAUUGGUGGAAGCCCUGGGCUGGCAAAGCGGGGCCGCCUCCAGCCCCCAAGUCCCCUGGGGCCUGAGGGUUCAGUGGAGGAGUCUGAGGCUGAAGCCUCAGGUGAGGAGGAAGAAGGAGAUGACACCCCCCGCCGCCGGCCUGGCCCCCGCAGGCUUGUUGGGACCACCAACCCAGGGGACCAGCGGAUCUUGCGCAGCAGUGCACCUCCUGCCUUGGCUGGCCCUACUGUUAGUCACAGAGGCCGCAAAGCCAAGACGUGAGUUAGGUGCCCCUCCACUGAGGCUUUCUGCCGUGGCCACUUUCCCUCCGUGACCAGGCCUGACUCUUAACCACUACUUGAAGUCUUGAGGGGGAAAGCCUCCAAGGAGAUAUCAGGGCCUUCUUCCUUCUUUCCAUCUGAGUAGGGAGUAGGCAACUGGUUGUCAUGGAAAUGGGGCUCCUCGCAAUCCCCCUUCCCUCCCACCCCAUCUGGCUGGGCAGUGUUAAGGGUGGCAAGAUAGUCUGUCCCCACCCCCUGUACUUGAUUCCCCAGCUGUCUUUCACAGCCCCCACCCUUAGAGGAAGGGAGAGGGGCUUCUCUACAAUGAGUUUGUUUUUUUUCUUUUUUUUUUUUUUUUUUUUUAAGGAGAAAAAAUAAUAAACUUAGUUUCUGUAUGAGCA